UUUUGUUCCCGGAAUAUUUGUGUUACAGUUCCUACCUGGAUUGCUACCUGAGCUGCAGAGCCCUGCAUGAACUGUUGCUAAACAAAAUCUGCAAUCCCACUUGCAUUUGAUAAGGAGCCAGCUUCUGCUUUUAAAGGGGAAGCAAUGACAGAAGUAAAGAGAGAGGAUUUCGGGGAAUGUCCUGACGGCAGAGGGACCGUGGAAAAAUUCCUGCUCACGUCAGACGCGGUUAAAGUAGAAAUCAUCUCUUUAGGCUGCAUCAUCACCGCCUUGGAAACAAAAGACAGGGAUGGCAAGUUUGCAGACAUUGUUCUGGGCUUUGAUCGCCUAGAAGGCUACAUCCAAAAGAACCCCUAUUUUGGAGCUGUCGUUGGACGAGUUGCUAAUAGAAUUGCCAAAGGAAAGUUUGUGGUUGAAGGACGGGAAUACCAUUUGGCGCUCAACAAUGGACCCAACAGUCUGCAUGGAGGUAUAAAAGGCUUUGACAAGGCUGUCUGGACCCCAGAAGUGCUUCCAGAAGGUGUAAGGUUUUUCAGAAUAAGUCCUGAUGGUGAAGAGGGAUACCCAGGCGAACUGAAAGUGUGGGUGACAUAUACGCUGAAGAAUGCUGAACUAACAAUACAUUAUAGAGCUCAAAGCAGUAAGACCACACCAGUCAAUCUGACCAACCAUUCAUACUUCAAUCUUGCAGGUCAGGGGUCACCAAGUAUCUAUGACCAUGAAUUUACCAUAGAUGCAGAUUCUUACCUGCCAGUGGAUGAAACUCAGAUCCCCACAGGAGAAGUUGCUUCUGUGGAGGGCACAGCCUUUGAUCUGAGAAAACCCGUGGAGCUUGGGAGACAUUUGCAGAAGUUUCACCUCAGUGGGUUUGACCACAAUUUUUGUCUGAAACAGGCGAAAGAGCCUCGCUUCUGUGCAAGAGCUUACCAUCCCUCUAGUGGCAGGAUGAUAGAGGUUUACACAACUCAGCCUGGCAUUCAGUUUUACACUGGAAAUUUCUUAGAUGGCAAGUUAAAGGGCAAAGGAGGCCAUGUGUAUCCUAAGCAUUCUGGCUUUUGUCUUGAAACUCAGAAUUGGCCAGAUGCAGUGAACCAGGCUCAUUUCCCAAAUGUUUUGCUGCACCCAGGAGAGGAAUAUAGCACCACAACUUCCUUCAAGUUUUCUGCUUAAAAGAAGUGCAGCGAAAAUUGUGUGAUUUGCAAGAAGUGAUCGAAUGACUCCAGUUGUUCACUGUAUGGUCAAAUGCCUUGAUCCUUUCACUGCUUUGAUUCUACCCGACUGUUAAUGGAAAUGAUGAUCCUCUGUAAUUGCGCAUUGCCUUUUAAAUAAUGUAAAUUAUCUUGAGAGGUCUUUAAGUGGAAAGGCAUGGUAGAAGUGUAACAUUCAAGCUCAUUUUAAGGGGGUUAGUCCUGUUCUCCAAAAUUUGUAUGCAAUUCUGUAGACAUAAAUACAGGUAGCAAUGAAUUGCUCAUUUACAAUUUAACAUCAGCGAUGAACCUAAGUAAGUUAGUUAGAAUUGCUCCUCUGCAAUGUGAGUAUUAGGUUAAACACUAAAUACCCUAAAAGCACCAGAUCCCAUCUUGGAACCUUAGCAGGAUAAGUCCUGAUUAUUACUUGAUGGAAGAGUGCCAGUGAAUACCAGGUGCUAAAGGUCUUAUUUUGGACGAAGAAACUGGCAAGGCCAUGCUAGUAUUUCUUACCCAAGAAAACAGUAUGAAAUUCAUGGGACCACAAUGCCAACAUGAAAACCCGUGCACAAAUAGUUGAAUACCUGAAUAGUGCACCAACAUGCUACUAUCAUAGUAAAUGUAUCCCUGUCCAAUACUCGUCAGACACUAGGUAGCAUGCCAGAUGCAAAAGGGGUCAAAGCUGAACAUAGGAAGCCCCACCGGGUUUCACAUGAGAUGUGUCCCAGCUCUAGACUGACAUUGUGCACUGUACAGCAGCUGUUUUUCCUCAGCUGUGUAUAAGUUAUUUCAAUUGGGGCAAUUUCCACAAAUGGUAGCAGGUAAGGUUUUACAGCACAAUGCAACACUGGAGAGCUUGAGUUCCAGCCUAUUUCUUGUGGGUGUGUUCCCAGUCAUCACUGAAUUUCAGUAUUUUAAAUUAGCUCUGCACAUUCUGAUGUUCUUGUGAGCUGUCCCUGCAGUGUUUUUUUUUUUUGUGUUACAGAUUGAAUCUCAGGAAAAUAAACCCGCCAUUUAGGCUUAACUGUUAAAGGUUCUAGCAAGCGAAUACCUCACCUUCGAGUGAAAAUAUUUAGGACAAGAUCAUAAACGUAAGUUUAUAUCUUCACCUUUUUUGGUGUUCAACAUUAGCUAGAGCAGUGGUUCUCAACCUAUGGGUCCCCAGAUGUUUUGGCCUACAACUCCCAGAAAUCCCAGCCAGUUUACCAGCUGUUAGGAUUUCUGGGAGUUGGAGGGCAAAACAUCUGGGGACCCACAGGUUGAGAACCACUGAGCUAGAGCUAUUUGUCACAGGCAGGGAGACAAGGUUGCACUAAGCAACAUUUCCCUAGCUGUUGCUGCAUCCCAGUGGGGACCUUGUGGAAGGAGAUACUGGACACUUCCUGCAAGAUUUAAAGAUGCAGGUACCUAUAUUGAAGGUAGGAGCACAGUUCCAGUUCAAGCAGAUUCUGGCAAUAGUGCUGAAACUGUGUCUGCCCUGUUUCUUGUUAACUAUACUUCCAAGUUAGAGCACUGAUACUGUGUUAGCUGCACUGCUUGCCUGUUUCUUUUUAGGUGCAUGCUAUUACUUGUCAUUUUUAAAAUGGGUGCUUCGCAUUCGAAGGACCUACUUCAUGUCCAUGGCCAAAUGUUCACAAAGAGCAGGGCUUUUUAUGAAGUGUUGAAACUAAAUCUGUGUUCUCAAUUUUUGUUAUUUCUUAAGACUCUUGCGAUGCUACUUAGAUUCCCUCUAGGAAACUCUGAAAGCUUAACUAUUUAAGCUUCUACUUGUUUUCAACAGAUUGGAGUCAAAACAUUAGUAUUUUUAAAUUUUUUGUAAGAUUUACUUGAAGACUAAAGUCUACUACUUCCCCGAAAUGAAUAUGGAGGCUAUAUUUCUGUAGCUGUGCAUGCAAGAGACAUGUAGGAAAAAGAAUGUACAUACCCUACCACCUAAUAUUAUUUACAGCAUGUCGGACUAGUAUCAUGGGAAAGGUAAAAACAAAGCCACCUACUAAUAGAGAAAUUGUAUUUGUUUCAAAGUAGCUUUAUAGACGCAUUUCAGGACUUUUCUCCACUAGAGCAUUAUUCUCACUCCAGACCAUAAAUUCUAUUAUGUGGUGGUCACACUUCAUAAUUCAUAUAGCAUUAAAGGGACCAUUAAUUACAGGACAGUUCAACCAGGUAUUUUACUGGAGCUCCUGAAGUCACUGUUAAGCUGGAACAGAACACCCCAAGAUCCUCCUUCCCUGGGCAUUAUCCCCAAAUUUCCAUCCUUGGUGAAGAUCACACCAAGAGCAGUUUCUAAUCAAAAUUAAUACAAAGUCAUCUAGCAUAUAUUUUGCUCUGGCCUUAAAAACUGACACAGCCUAUCCCCCUCUGCCCAAAUUCUAAUUGCCAACUGUGAAAGUGAGUAAGCAACCUACUUGAUUAGAAAAUGGAAAGCAUUUUUAUUUAUCCGAAACAGCAUAAUCAUUCAGUAUCAUAAAUAUAUCCAUAUCAAGGUAUUUUAAAGCAAGAACUGUUUUCAGGGAUAUUAAAAUGACUGUUCUCAGCCCUUUA